UGAAAACAAAGUCACAGACAUCCAAUAGCCGGCAAAAAAUCGCGAAUAUAGGCCGACAAACCUAAUUUUGUGUCUCGCGCCAUCAAUUUUUUUUUCAUUCCACGGAGUCUCGCGUAAAUCAGAAACCUUUCGUCAGUCUCAGUGCGUAUUUCAGUGUUAGACAAAAAUAAUAAUAAACGUUAUCAGCCCAUAGCUUAAAUGCCUUAUAAUUAUUGCAAAAUGUCAAGAACUAAGCUAAUAUUAGUUGAACGCCGGAGUUUGCUGCUGAUGUGAUUUUCAAAUGUGGUGGAACCUCGAAUAAAGUGGAAUUCUGCCUAUGUAAAUUUAUUAGGUCAUCGUUUCUGUUUUAACCUAAACCGCGAUUUUUUAUUGUUUGAAUUUUAAUAGUUAUUUCAGUUUAUACUCCUGACAAAAAAAUGGACUUCGUAUGUGGAGGUUUAGCAGCCAGCGGUGCAUGUUUAUUCAGCAACCCCUUCGACGUUCUCAAAACUCGGAUGCAACUGCAAGGGGAACUGCAGGCAAAAGGGCAACACACGGUCCAUUACCGAAACCCGUUUCACGCAGGGUACGUUGUAGCCAAAAACGAGGGCAUUAGAGGGUUGCAGAAAGGGCUCGGAGUAGCUAUGGUUUUACAUGGAGUUCGAAAUUGUGUUAGAUUAGGUAUUUACCAAACUUUGGAAAACAAAGGCUUUUUGAGAGACUCGACUGGGAAAACUGUACUGUACAAAAGUGCUUUGGGUAGCGCAUUUGCUGGUGCUACUGGAGCGUUUUUUGGAAGCCCACUUUUCCUUAUUAAGACUCAGCUUCAGUCGCAGGCUGCUAGACAAAUUGCAGUUGGUACUCAGCAUGGGCAUAACAGCGCCAUUCAUGCUAUCAAAACUAUUUACAUUCAAAAUGGAAUAACUGGUCUAUGGAGAGGCGUAAACGGUACGAUGCUCCGAGCGCUGGUUGGUUCUUCAGCCCAACUGACAACAUUCGCGAUAUCGAAAGACAAACUUAAAGAGAUUGAGUACUUGAAGAAAUCGCCCUUACUAAUUUCUUUGGUUGCCAGUAUUUUUAGUGGUUUCAUACAAACAAUUAUGAUAAAUCCUUUUGAUGUGGUGUCGACAAGGCUCUACAAUCAAGGAGUCGAUGCUAACGGUAAAGGUCUGCUCUACACGGGCGUGGUAGACUGUUUUGCGAAAAUCUUCAAGUCAGAAGGAGUCGCCGGCAUUUACAAAGGCGUCAUUGCUAAUUAUAUGAGAUUAGCUCCACACUCUUUAUUCUGCUUAUUAUUCUGGGAUAUUCUCAAAGAUCUAAAAGUCCGAUACAUUACUUCGAGUCCGAAACGAACGCUGCUUGUAGAAAAUCGGUAACACAUACCUAUUUUUUAAUCUUAAACUCCUAAAGGAAUAGUUCCUAUAUUUCUUCAAUUUUUUUUUUAACUCGUGUACAGUGGGAAUCAUUGCAAUUGGCACACACUAUAAAAAUAUCUCUCGUAAUGUGUCAAAUCUGACACACCAGUAAUAGCAAAAUGCUGCACUAAUUAGAUUUAUUGGUUAGAAUUUUGACUCAAUACGAGGGAUUUUAAAGAGUGUGUGCCAAUUGCAAUGAUUCCCACUGUACAUAUUUGUGAUGUAGGCAUGUACCUAAAACAAGUGUAGACUUUUUUGCGUUAUUUUCGUUAUUUUAUAUUUGUAUUUAUAAUAAUGUUCUUAUUAAAUAUAUCUAUAUAGGUACUUUUUUAUUUAUUGUUAAAUAAAGGCAUUUUUAUGAAAGAA